GCUCCUCGUCCACAAAGAUGGCGUCCUCCUCAUCGUAACGCCAGAUAAACAGUGAAAUAUGAGGGAUAGAAACAUAAUAUCACAGCGACCGGAUGAAACAUCUGGUAUUUGAACCCCUGGUAAUAAAUAAAUCAUAAAGAUGAUGGACUUCAGCAGCAACGGAGACUCCUACACGGAUAAUCUCAUUGGAACAUUGCUUGCUAUUUUUGGGAACGUGCUUGUCAGCAUCUCCUUAAGUAUUCAGAAAUACAGCCAUGUGAAGUUAGCCGGAACCAAAGACCUGCGUGCCUUCUACCGCACCAAAACCUGGUGGUGUGGUUUUGUACUGAUAUGUCUCGGGGAGGGAGCCAACUUUGUUUCCUAUGCCUUCGCCCCCAUCGCCAUCAUCGCAACCCUAAACGCCGUGUCCGCCCUUACGAGCUCAAUUUUGGGUCUUAUUUUUCUGCGUGAGAAAUUGAAGCCAAAGGACUUUGCAAAGCGCUAUGGGCUGUCCUUCCUGGGCUCUAUUCUUACCAUCAGUGGGACAUUCCUCUUUGUAGCAUUUGGACCAAACGCUCAUGAAAAACUCCAAGCAGAGAACAUUGUGACACACCUUGUUGGAUGGCCUGUUCUCUUGUAUCUGCUCCUGGAGAUCAUCACGUUCUGCCUGCUUCUUUACUUCUACAAACAGCACAAUGCUAACUACCUCGUUAUUAUUCUGAUGCUGGUCGCGCUACUGAGCUCGGUCACAGUCAUCACAGUGAAGGCGGUGUCAGGCAUGUUGGUUCUCACCAUCGAGGGCAACAUGCAGCUUGACUACCCGAUCUUUAGUGUCAUGUGUGUGUGCAUGGUGGCUUCAGUGGUCUUCCAGGCCAGAUUUCUCUCCCAGGCGUGUAAGCUGUACGACUCAUCUCUGAUUGCCGGCGUCAACUACAUCCUCUCCACUGUCUUUGCCGUGUUAGCUGGUGCUGUGUUUUACAUAGAGUUUAGGAAUGAAGACAUUCUUCACAUCUGCAUGUUUUUGUUGGGAUCUGCAUUCUGUUUCCUUGGGGUCUUUCUCAUCACCAAAAACAGGAAAAAGACCAAGACCUUUGAGCCCUAUGUCACUAUGGAUAUGGUUAAUGGUGUCCCGACUAUUCAUGACAAGGGCCUUUUUGUCCAGCCAGACACCAAUGGUUCUUUCUCCUAUGGGGCUCUGGUCAACAACGAUGGAGCAGCUCCUGCGACUCUACCAGUCCACCUGGAACAACCACCGGUCGGCUCGAUAUCCACGGAUCCAUCUCGCAGCCCCCCUAACCUUAAAGAAGAUUAAAGUAUUUUUAUUGGGGUUUUUUCUCCUCCUUUCAACUAUAAACAAUAUUCAAGGACCUAGAAAGACCAAGAUGGGUUCAGUUCUUUUCACAAUUACACAACUUCCAGCUCAGAAGCGGGAGUCUACUGGGUGUCCGUACACUCCUCUCCACCUGCUUUCCUUUCUGAAAUCUCUAAACCAAAACGUGACCUUGAGAAGCGUUCCAUUAUUUAAGAAGAUGUCAGCUGUAAUCAUUCCAAAAUUGAACGGAAGUAACCUGAAGCUCCUGGAUGUUGUGGUGGAUUCACAAUGAUUUAACAGCAGAGAUGGCGCUGUGCCUUGGAGCUUCCGCUACUUCUCACUUCCAUGACUGUAAAGCAAUUUCUUGCUCAAUAAUAAGUACAUAAAGGGAUCUGUUCUUCCAUUGGGGAUUAUGAAGAUACUCCUCAAAUCUCCUCAAAGAUCUAUAAUGUUGCUCCAGACUUGCCAAUGAACAUUGUGACUUUAAAUAUCUGCCUCUAACUCUCUCUUAUAUGAGCGGUUUUCACUCCACAAUGUUGCCUCUUGUUCUUGGAAUUGCAUUGUGUUACUAUUUUUCCUGUUGUGACAAAAAGUGGAUCUUUUCAUUUAUUGUAUUGUAUUUAUUAAUUUCCCACACUCUUAGUGUGCCUUGAAAAGUAGCUUUACACUGGAGACAUUACUGUAAGGUGGUACGUAAUCCAGGUAGGUGAGUGAAGCGUCACUGUAGCAGUCAUAAAAAGGCAUAAAAAUGUAAAACCUUUGAAAAGAAAGGUGAUAACACAGAAGGGAAUUGAAUCAUGCUAAAUGUGCACUGUUGAGUAUAAAAAGGUAAAUCUACUGCAAAAAAACAUAUCUCUACUUUUAGUUUUUGGCUAAAUAGUUUGUUUGUCCCUUUUUAAUUUGAUACCAUUUGCCAUUCCUGAUGAAAAACAUCCAUGGUACAAUGUUUUGAGUAUUUGUUUCAUGAUUAGAUUUGAUUAAAUACUCCUUAAUUAAUGAAUGGAUGCACAGAUUGGAUACACUCCACAGCUACGUGUGCGGCAGUUCAUUUCUACAGUGUUAAUAAAGCAGAGGGCUUUUUCUCAGUAUUUAGUACAGUUAUUUAAAAAAAUCACCUGUGUUGUGUGUGUUUGGCCUCAUCAUAAUAACAUCACUGUGUAAACCAACUGGAGAUUAUCUUGUUAUGAAAACUGCCAUCUAAUGAAACCUGAACUGAUGCUGUAAGAGUCAAACCUGUUCCAUUGUAAAUAACAUGCAAUUCAUUUUGUGUCAUAUCUGGUGUAUUUGUCGGUCACAAUUUGCAGAGGGUUUGCGGCACAUCUGGCGUUAAGAUUUCUGGUCAAACUUUGUUCCCCUUAACUGUUAAUAAAACUUACAUUAC